CGUCUCUAACAAUUUGGAAAAAUUCAUUCGGACAUCGAUAUAUCGGACAUCUCCGUUAACAAUCACAGAAAAGUUCCGAGUAAGCCGAAGGUAAGACUGGUCUAUUUCUUUCAAAACGUAAGUUUUAUUAGACCAGUCUAAGAAGAAGCAACGGCCAUUUUCGAUUGCCAAGACGAAGUUUCAUUGAAUAUAAAAACUGGGAAGAAACUGCGGUGCUCCAGAUAUAAACGAGUGGAGGCAGAAAGGGAAAGGGUUGACAGAAAAUUUGCCUAAGUUCACAAUGGAUGUGAUGUAAUAUUAGAGUUACAUUUGUAGAAAGUCUUGCUUACUUUAUUUAGUUUCAAAUUGAAAGGAUGGAUUUGGAAGAAAAUUUGUCAUUACAAGUCGAAGAUGACAUCAAGGUAGACUUAAUCUCUUCAGAGACUACAGAUGGUGUAGAUAAUGAAAACAAAAAUAUAAAAGGCAACAUCUCAGAAGAUGGAAUCUCAUCAGAAACUUCAACUGGUGUUGAUGAUAAGGACAAAAUUAAACAAAGAGAAGCAAGGAUUAUGGACAGAUUACACUGUCCGACAUGUCUUAGAACUUUUUCAGAUGGGAACAAAUCAUAUUACUUGAAGCAUAUAAAGAUAUGUGGCAAAGGAAAGUUUGAUUGUUCUGUGUGUAACAAGAAUUUCAGCUCUCCAAGUGUGCUGAAGAGACAUAUGAAGUCACAUCUUAAAUUAAACAUUUUCCCAUGUAAUUCAUGCCCAUCAAAAUUUGCCUCAAAAUUUAGUCUUAAACUGCAUUUAAACAAAGUUCAUGAAAUAGGCAGGUCAGGGCGGAGUAGUAAUUGCCCGCACUGUGGCAAACAGUUCCAGUGGAGAUCAUCUCUCAGCCGUCAUGUUAUGGAUGAGCACUGCAACCUCGAGUCUUUGGCAUUUCAGUGUGUGUGUGGACAAAAGUUUCCAAAAUAUUCUAGAUCAUAUCAACACAAAAAGUCAUGUGAAAUUUACCAAAAGCAUAAAUUCAAAAAUGAUAAGAAAGUUAAAGAGUUUGCAGUGGAGGGAGACAGUAACAAAAUGAAACUGUGCUUCUCUGGCCAAAAAUUAGAAGUCGAAAUUGGGCAAAAUGAUGAAGUAGUGGCAAAAUCUUUAAAAAGAACUUCAGAUAAAGAAAUACAAGACAAAGGACUUGACCAGGUGGAAAAUAAUGUAGAAGAAAUGCAUAAAUGUCAGCUUUGUAAUCAAAGUUUUAUUGAAAGACAGUUGUUAGAUGAUCAUGUUGAACAAUGUGACCCAUACGCUGUAACUUUUAAGAUAAGCAGUUCUUACUCUGAAGCAGAGGAAGACAGAAAAUAUGUAAAAAUUGAAAAUGAUUGGAAAGAUACUGGGAAAGGUGAAAAGUCAGGCAAAGAAGGUGGUCAUGAUGAAGUUAUUGAGUCGAUAGAUACAUCCUGUAAACAGCAUGUGGACAAUGAUGAAAGUAAAGGAAUGACAGUUGUGCCUUCUGUUCAAGAAACAAACAGUAACGAGGACUCUAAGAUGCCAAAUAAAGACAAAAGUGAUCAGUCUCAUGUACCAGCAAACACAAACAAAUCAGUCACUUAUAAAAAGGCAAUAAAAAGAAAAGCUUUAGGGAAGGCUAAUGCUCUGUGUGUUGAAAGUAACAUAUCAGAUUUGGAUGAUUCUGAAAUCAUUAUUAAAUCAAACUCUGAUCAAAAGUUAGAUAGAAGUAGAUCAGGACGUAAAAGGAAAAAGAAAACUUUUGAUGAUUAUGAAACAGAUUUUUCUGGUUUACGGGAAUCUUUUAAAAGCAGAUGCGUCCCGCAUGCUUACUUAGACUCAAAAAAAGCGACAGAAACUGAAGUUAAGGAUCAUAAUUAUCAUGAGAGUUGUUAUAAUGAAGUUGAGAAGGAUACUGAUUCAAAAAUAGGGAAAAAUGGAAAUACAGGUGUACGCUUCUUAUGUCCACUGUGUACUGAAACUGAUGAAUCGGUGGACACACUUCAGGCUCAUAUUAAGAAACAGCAUGAUAUAGGUAAACUGUCUUGGGUAGUACUAACCGAGAAAUACAGCAAAAUGGGGACAGGGGACAAGGAUCCAGCUUCAAGAGUCAAACAAGGACAGACUGUAUGCCGAUUCUGCCAGCUGGAUUUGCCAACAACUGAACUGUUAAAGCUACAUUUAAACAGACAACAUGCAUAUUUUCCGUACUGCUGCGGUAUCUGUCGAUUAGCUUAUGGUACCAUAGAGGCGGCAAGAUUUCACAUGAAGAAAUAUCACAUAAAUAGAAAUGCUAAAAAUGUAUGUAUUCAUUGCCCGGAGGUUUUUAGAACUUUAAGAGACUUGAAGAAACAUACCACAAAAUUUCACAAAAGGACAAAACAAAAAAAUAAAAGGCCUGAUGAGGACAUUGAAGAAAAUGGAGGCAAACCCUCAAGUGUAAAAGAAAAAAGCACACUUGAUACUUUAACAGACAAAGAGGGGUAUGGCGUAAGAAUUAAGUUGGAGGUAGAUGAACAAGGUAAACCAGUAGCAGAAAAAGAAGAUGUACAAGGUGUUUCAGUGACAGACAGUACUAGCAGAACAUUUGCGACAGAGGUAGAUGAACAGGAUGAAAUGGUUGAUGAUAAACUUAGUGUGACACGUAGCAAAGCUAAAGGAAUAAAUGAGAAUGUAACCAAUGGAGGUUUAGUAAAAUCAGCAGCUGGAAAAGAAAUUACAGAUGUGAAGAUUGCACCUAUAAUUAUCAAAUCUGCAAGGGUUAUUCCUAAAAAACAUGGGAUUAAAAGCGAGAAAAAUGUUGAAGAUUGUGUAGAUACUCAGAAAGAAUUAGAAAAAAAGAAAGAAAACCUGUGUAAUAGAAUAUUUGAUACAAGAAAAUUUGGAGAAGAUUUGCCAAAUACUUUGAAUGUAAAAACUAAGUGUGAUGAUUCUGACAUAAAUUUAAUUAAUGCUAAAGGAGAUACAGAUAAGGAACAGACACCUUCUCGUUUUGAAGUGAAACCCAAGGCGCUAGAGACUCGCCAAAAAAAUUUUUACUCUAAGCCGAAUUGCAAUCAUUACCUUUUUGAUUUUGAUGCAAUUAAGAAUGUUAGUUUUAAGUGCUGUUUUGGAAAUUGUGAACAAGUAGUGGAAUGUUUAAGUGAUUGGAAAGCUCACUUAUCCCAGCAUAAACCUUGCAAGCCAAGGCAACUAUGGCAGUGUUACGAAUGUAUUGAAUGUGGUUAUUCCACUGUACAUAAAAAUUUGUUGAAAUCACAUUUACUUAUAAAACACAAUGUGUUGGAAAGUGUUGAAAUCGGAAUGAAACACUGCCAGGUAGUGGAUAGAAAAUCUGUCCAACCAGUGAAAGUAAUAGCAUGUGUGUUCUGUGGCUUUUUAAAGGACAUUCAACAUUUUACAAAGAAGCAUAAAUGUUAUCGUGAGAAAAUCCAUUUCUACUGUCCAUUUUGUGAUCAGAAAAGCCGGGUAUUUGAGAAGCUGCAAGAGCAUAUAAAGAAAGAGCAUUUUGACAAGACAAUACACAGGCCAGACCCUGGUGAUAAAUUCCAGAGUCUUAGAACAGCUGAGCGUGACCCGGCAUACAGUAUCAACAGUACUGAUACCACCUGUGGAAAGUGCAAACAGGAAUUUGGGACAAAUGAUGAACUGAAAUUGCAUGUGAAUGCAAAACAUGGUCUUGGAGCAUACAGUUGUGGAGUUUGUAGACAAUGUUAUGGUAGGAUGUCUGGAGUGAAGGAUCACAUGAGAAAGACACACUCAUUGCCAAUGGUAUGCCAACACUGCAAACGUGGAUUCGGAGAUAAAGCUGACUUGAACCGACACGAAGCCACGCAUUUGACAACCAAACCAUUCCAGUGCAAGUUGUGUCAUUCUAGGUACUCCGAUCAGAAGGGCCUUACUCUUCAUUAUAAAACAAAACAUCCUGAAAAGUCAGUGAAAUUAGAUGGUGAAAGGGUAACUCUGCAACCAGAGUCAGAGAUCUACAUUUGUGAUACUUGUGGUCUCACUUUUCAAACAUUUUCUAAGUAUACAAAGCAUGCAGGGACUCACAAAUUAGAUGAUCAAGAAAGUUUACCACAAUUUAACUGUGAAAUAUGUUCCAAAGUCUUCACCUCUCGGAAUGCUUACAGACGACAUCUGUGUACAAGUAAAAUUGACGGAAGUGAACCAGUCAUUAUUGAAGGAUACAAUGAUUCUGUACAGUCAGUUAAAGAUAUUUUCCAUAGGAUUAAGCAAAACCCUACGCCUGGAACUCAAGCAAAAGUAAGAUGUGGACUAUGCAAUAGAGACUUUAACAAAAACAAAUACAUGUAUAACCAUAUAAGACAAGUUCAUCUUCCAAAUGAAGGUAGAAAAAUGCACUGUGGUAUUUGUGGGUCAGGAUUUGCCCGCAGGACACAAUUACAGUCUCAUAUGAGAUCUCACUUAAAUUCAAAACCAUAUCGAUGUCGAAUAUGUGGUAAUUCAUACCGUCAGCUUGGACACAUAAAGGUCCACUUGCUUUCUCACUCGCGUAAACUUAACUUUAAAUGUAAAUUAUGUCCCCAAGUUUUCAAAUCAAAAAGCUCAUUAGGGAACCAUAUACUCCUGCACUGUGAAAUAUUUCCAUAUAAAUGUUUAGUGGUGUCUUGCGAUAAAGCAUUUGCAUCAUUGCAGCAUCUUUUUACCCAUGUUCGGCACUGUGAUGCAAAUCAAAAUUCCAUCAACAGAUUUGAGUGUAAAAUUUGUUCACUCAGGUUGGAAGAUCUGAAAUGUGGAUUGUCUCACAUGAAAGGGCAUGGUAAAGAUGCAUUAUACAGAUGUGAUUUAUGCUCCAUAGAAUGUGUUUCAUAUAAAAGACUGUAUGACCACAAAGCAAAAUCAAACCAUUUUUCUCCAUCAGAAAUAGAAAGAGCAGCAAGCAGAAGUUGCAAUCACCAAAAUUUUACAUCUGUGGAAGUUAGUGAGGAUGUUGAUUUGAAAACUUUACAACAGCAGUUUGAUUACACUCCAGAUGCUUUUGAUACUGAGGAGAUUGAUAACACAUUUGAGUCUGAAGCAGACCUUGGUGCAGUUGAAGAGUCUUAUACCGAUAAUGUUAUACAAUCAGAGGAAUUAAUGGAUAUAGCCCAGCAGCUAACGCAUAUGGCUCAAAGAGAUGUACUGAAUGCAGAGAGUGUGGAAAUGAAAGAAUAUGCAGGUGAACAAAAUUGUAUUGUUGAGCAGGUUGACAUGGAUGUUGAAGCCUACAAUGUAAAUUUCUUUCCAAGUACUGCUGAAAAGCUGCCUACUUCCAGGACUAAAGAAAGUUAUCAGAACAGUUCAUUGACCCACAAACUUAUUGUUAUUGAUAACAGUGAUUCGUUGACUGAAGAUUUGCUCCAUAAUCAAAAUAAAAGUCUGGUUCAGUAUAAGAAAUUAAACAACAGUGACACAUCAGCAGUUAGUCUUAAGCACGAAGAAAGUAAGAAAACAGCUGUACCUAAUACAAGACUUUAUGCCAGCGAACAGGAGAGUUGUCAUGUGAAAGUUCUAUCUAGUCAUCCAGUCAUAAAUGAGAGUGCAGUAUUAGUUGAGGAACAGUUGCCCCCAAGAACACAACUUGAAAGCUGUUUGAGUAAGACAUCAGAUGGAAUAGAGGAUAAAGUACAGAAAACGUUUUCAGAGGGAAAAUAUGAAAUCCAAUUUGAAACAGGUGUUAUAAGUGAAGAAAUAAUUGCUUCUUCAAAAAUCUUUGAUGAGACUGGUAGAGAAGUAAAAGUAAAUGUUAUAAACGAAGAAGGGCAUGAAAUCCCUAUUCAGAGUAAUCCAGAGUUAUUACAGGCACUGCUUACCACGGGAAGUUAUACUUUAGGUUCAGGCAAUUCGGCUUGUAGUAUGGAUAAGGAGGUGAGUUACUUAGCAGAACAUGUAGAAGGUUUACCAGAUGCAGAAGUAAUACAGAAAAGAGCAAGCAAAGGUCAGUUAGAAAGCAUGGAUUUCACCCUUGAAAGCAACACUGAAAUCGAAGAUGCAGUUAACAUAUAUGUCAUAAAUGAAGUGCAUCCGGUAGAUGGAUACAGUGACUCUGCAGUAACAAGAAGUAUGUAUGAUAGUGUCCAGAAAACGAAGAAACCGACACCAAAUAAGCUACAAAGUAAAAGAAAAAUACUGAAUGUUGACAAAGUUUGUGGUGAGAUCAUAGACAAAGAGGCAAAGAUUGGUAACUGUAAAAUGGAGAAUGGACAGAUAAAUUACAAGGUCAGACUCUGUUAUUAUGAAGACAGAAGCAAACAGGAAGACCUGUAUCCUUUGAAGUGUGACAUAUGCCAUCAUCGUUUUAGACGAAUCAAAGAUUUAAAUCAGCAUAAGAAAAGACAUUUGCCAGAUGAAGAAAAACAGUUUCAAUGUAAAGACUGUGGAAAAGGUUUCACCACAAAACAUAGUUACAGGUCGCAUAUGUUUUCACACAGUGGAGAUCGACCACAUAAAUGUAACCAGUGUGAUAAAAGUUUUCGACAGGUCGGCCAUUUACAAACGCAUCUACGUACACAUGCUAAAUACAAACCAUUUAAAUGCACACAUUGUGAGAAAACAUUUGUUACAAAUAGUCAGCUGAAAAAGCAUGUGGAGACACAUGGAACCCAUUUUAAUGAAAGUUCUGCCAACGGAAUUGCCUGUCCAGUAUGUGGGAAUUUUUUUGCUAAUGAAAAGGAUUUAAGCAUUCACAGGAUAAAGCACAUGAGUACUGACGCUCAGGAUGAGCUUAUCAAAAACUACAAUGCUGUAGUAGACGAUAAACCUAAAGGUAAAAAGGAUAAUACUGAACAAAAGGAAAGUAUGUGUGAUAUUUGUGGCAAAUUGUUUAACCGAUCAUCAGAUUUAAAGGCUCACAAAGAAAUACAUUUUUCUGGACCAAAAGUUGCCUGUAAAGAAUGCGGAAGUGAAUUUAUUUCAGAGAGACGUUUACAGACUCACGUCAUUCAAUGCCAUUCUGUUGAAGGUUUGCAGUGUGAUACAUGUGGUAAACAAUUAAAAUCGAUGACAAGUUUUUAUGCCCAUAAAAGAUUACAUAAAGGACCAAAAUUUCAGUGUGCUCGUUGCGAGAAGACAUUUCUACGUAAAUAUUUAUUCUUAAAACAUAUGGCGGUCUGCUUUGGUGAUGAGUUUUUGCAAAAUAUUCAAUAGUGUACUGGUCAUGUGAAGCUAAGGAACAGGUCUAAAGAAUUUAUAUGGUUCAAAGGCGCUAAUUUCUUUCAAAAGUUCAUUAUGUGUAAAAGGAGAAUAUGUUUGAUAUUAAUGUUAACACAAUAUUUGGACUCACCAUGAAGUUCCUAAUAACUCUUGGAAGUCAGAGUUCGACUGUUAAAAUGUCAUAAGGGUUAGCUGUUUGUAGAUUUUUAUACGCCCAAAGGGACAUAUUAUGUUAUACCCCCGGUGUCCAUCGUUAGCAAUUUCGUGUCCACUCUGUAACUCUUGAACCCCUUGAAGGGUUUCAAACAAACAUGGCACAAAUGUUUACCACAUCAAGACGACGUGCAGAGCGCAUGUUUCAGAUGGUUGGCUUCAAGGUCAAGGUCACACUUAGGGGUCAAAGGUCAUAUGGCUUUGUUGCCUGUCCACUCUGUAACUCUUGAACUGCUUAAAAGAUUUUAAAGAAACUUGGCACAGACGUUCACCACAUUCAGACGACGUGCAGAGUGCAUGUUUUGGGUGGCUGGCAUGAAGGUCAAGAUCACACAUAGGGGUCAAAGGUCAUAUGGCUUUGUUUCCUGCCCGCUCUGUAACUCUUGAACUGCUUGAAGGAUUUCAAAGAAACUUGGCACAAAUGUUCACAACAUCGAGACGACGUGCAGAGCACGUCAAUUUCAAGGUCACACUUAGCAGUUAAAGGUCAUAUGACCGUUUCGUGUUUAUAUUGCUCUGUAUUGCAGUUCUCUUGUUUUUAUUUGGCAGAUCCCUUUUUUGUUCACUUACAGUAACUUUUUUUGAAUUACUUCCCUUUUAUGUUGCUAUAAAUAGCUUAUUUUGUAACUUUUUUUAUUAUUGGCCAUAGGGAAAAACCGAGACCACUUUUCUGUGGUACAACAUGGCUGAUAUCUCCAAUAUUUAGGUGUAUUUUUACAUAUCUGUACUUGGUAAGAAUUUUUUUUGUGGACUUAGAGAUUAUUUUUUUUGUAAUUUCAUCCCUUUGUUGUUCCUGUCCUUUGGGUUUCAACAGAUAAGUUCUUUAAAUUUUGUCCCCUUCCUCUGAUAUAACCCUUCGGGCGUAUAUUGCCCCGCUUGGCAGAGCUCUUGUUAUAUGCAGCACGAUUUUCUUCUGUGACCGCCCUGUGUCCGUCGUCAACAACUUGACUGUUAACACUCCAGAGGUCACAAUUUUGGCCCAAUCUUAAUGAAACUUGGUCAGAAUGUUACCCGCAAUAAAAUCUUGGACGAGUUCGAUAUUGGGUCAUCUGGGGUCAAAAACUAGGUCACCAGAUCAAGUAAAAGGAAAAGCUUGUUAACACUCUAGAGGUCAAAAUUUUAGCCAAAUCUUAAUGAAACUUGAUCAGAAUGUUACUCUUAGUUAAAUCUUGGACGAGUUCGAUAUUGGAUCUUCUGGGGUCAAAAACUAGGUCACCAGGUCAAAUUAAAAGAAAAGCUUGUUAACACUCUAGAGGUCACAGUUUUGGCUCAAUCUUAAUGAAAGUUGGUCAGAAUGUUACUCAGAAUUAAAUCUUGGACGAGUUCGAUUUUGGGUCAUCUGGGGUCAAAAACUAGGUCACCAGGUCAAAUCAAAGGAAAAGCUUGUUAACACUGUAGAGGUAACAAUUUUGGCCCAAUCUUAUUGAAACUUGGUCAGAAUGUUACCCUCAAAAAGAUCUUGGACAAGUUCGAUAUUGGGUCAUCUGGGUUGAAAAACUAGGUCACCAGGUCAGAUCAAAGGAAAAGCUUCUUAACACUGUAGAGGCCACAUUUAUGACUGUAUCUUCAUGAAUCUUGGUCGGAAUGUUUAUCUUGAUGGUCUCAAGGUCCGGUUUGAAUCUGGGCCAUGUAGGAUCAAAAACUAGGUCACCAGGUCAAAUCAAAGGAAAAGCUAGUUAAAACUAUAGAGGCCACAUUUAUGACCAUAUCUUAAUUAGGCUUGGUUAGAAUCUUGAUGAUCUAUAGAUCAAGUUUUAAUCUGGGUCAGGUGAGGUCAGAAACUAGGUUACUAGGUCAAAUCAAAGGAAAAGCUUGUGAACAUUCUAGAGGCCACAUUUAUAACUUUAUCUUCUUGAAACUUAGUCAGAAUGUUAAUCUUGAUGAUCUUUAGGUCAAGUUCGAAUCUGGGUCAUUUGGGGUCAAAAACUAGGUCACCGGGUCAAAUCAGAGGAAAAGCUAGUUAACACUUCAGAGACAACAUUUAUGACCAUAUCUUAAUGAAACUUUGUCAGAAUGUUAAUCUUGAUGAUCUUAGGUCAAUAGGUCAGGUGAGCGAUACAGGGCCUUCAUGGCCCUCUUGUGUUGAUUUGGGUUUUACGGCGCACCAACACAGUAUAGGUUACAUGGCG